CGACGUAGGCUAAUAGGCUUUACUUUUGGAUUUAUUACAUUCAAGUCACCUCAUGUACCAGACUUCCUCCCUUCCUCCCUUCCUCCCUUCUACAGGUAGGAAUUUAGAAAUUUAUAAUGAGAUCAAUUUCUUUAGAUUCUACACACUGGAAAUGAUUGAAUCGAAAUCAUACCAGCGCUCGGCGUUACCCAGAGCUUCCGGGGGGACGGGGAUGGUAGGUAUGAACCCCCCAAAGAUUAUGUAUGAUCUGGUCUCUACAUUCACUUCAUUGGGACCGAGUUUGUAUCCGACCAGAUCUUCCUUUGUUUCAAUGUUGGUUGGUAAGGUACCAGCCAAGGUAUCAAAUAAAUUUUAUCAAAGAUUCCUAUCGUUAACUUUAUCGCCAUACUAUUUACAGAAUACUUUAUUAAAAAUUUUUUUACUAAAAAUAUAUAUCAAUCAAGGAAGAAAAAAUUUCAAUUAUAGAUUUAUUGGACAUUAAAUUUAUGUAAAUAUUAUGGUCGUUUAUUUACAAUCAAGAUUUCCAGAAAUUAUACUUGAAGAAUCGAUUCUCGGGCAAGAAGAAUCGAUAGAUUUUCUCGAGACCUCAACAGUAACUGUCUCGUUUCGGGUUUCCAGUUGAUAAGUUGAUACUUGGAGCUUGCAGGUCUUGGAGCAACUAACUGGGCAUUAGACAUUCCUCCAAACCGUUGAAUCACACCAAUCAUUAUUAUCUCAAUUUACACAAGUAAGUUUCAUUUUCGAUAAAAAUACGAGUUGUCUAAAUCGUCUUGAUCUUUUCAGAGAAAACAGAGAAAAUCCUGAGAGGCGAUGGAAAUUUGCGUAGACUCAUUGCAAUCUGCUCAUAACGCCGUCAAAGGUGGCGCCACACGAUUGGAGGUCUGUUCAUCUCUUUCCGACGGCGGGCUGACUCCCACCUCAGGAUUGGUUCACACUAUUAAAUCGCAGUAUUCAAAAAUUUCCCUCUACUGCAUGAUUCGGAUAAAACCCGGUAACUUUGUCUAUACAAGAGAAGAAAUGGAUGCCAUGCUCUUUGACGUGAAAAUAUUGUCUCAGAAUGGUGCAGAUGGUUUUGUUUUUGGAGCUUUAACUGAAAACUAUGAAAUUCAUAACGAUUUUUGCAGAGAAAUUAUUUCAACAGCUGCACCAAAGAGAAUUACAUUCCACCGAGCCUUUGAUGAGGUUCUCUCGCCCUUCGUAGCGUUGGAAGAGCUCAUAACUCUAGGUUUCGAACGUAUUUUGACUUCGGGACAGAAAAAUACUGCGAUAGAUGGAUUGGACUUAAUUCAAAAGCUCGUACAAGUGGCGGGAAAUCGGAUUGUCGUGAUGCCGGGGAGUGGGAUCAACUCAACCAACAUACUUGAAAUUCAAAAAAUAUCAGGAGCUAAGGAGUUUCAUGCAUCCGCAAAAAUGAGAAUUACUGAAAAAUGCGCGGAAAAUAAAGUCAAAAUGUCGGAGAGAGAGAGUUUUCUCUUCGUGGCAUCUGAAGAUUUAGUUAAACAGCUGGUUGUGGCCAUCAGAACUGCACGAUAGGUUCCUCAUUUUAAUAACCCUGGAUGUUCAUCGUCUUGAAAAUUCAUGUUGCUUUUUAUUAUUGAUGGGCGAUAAUUUAUAACUGAUUCGUCCGAUUGCCGAAUUCCUCGCCCUCAUAAUAACUUGAGAGAAAAAAUUGUCAAGAAUCUUGUCGAAAACUCAAAAUAUCUCACAAAAUGCCAUUUCACGAAGAAAUAUGGAAGUAACAUGAACUGUUAAACUGACUUGGUGUUAUUUUUACUGUCAUUAAACGACAAUUACGUAAUAGAUCAGAAUAGAGGUUCAUUCCGUAAUGUUUAACGAAUCGACACUUCGCCUCAGGUCUGUGAAACUGUCACGCGAACUUUCGUUCAUUUUUUUCCUCCAUGAAUGAAUUACACUUUAGGGGUACCACAUUUUAGGGGUACACUCGAAAGCUUACUACUGACGAAGUCAAUAGAAAUACAUCAUUAAAACUUGAAAUAACUGACGUAAGUAAUAUGCAUUCUACCUGUCUUUCGAGUUAGAAUAUCAUUUGCGCGCUGUACACGAACGAAGAGCCAUCUCCGUUGAAGUAAUUAACUCCUCAGUACAUAUACUCGUUGACUAAAGUUCGGAAAAAAACCACCACUUGCAUUAUACGUAUUGUUUUUUAUAACUCUAGUCAACGAAUGUACCAUUGAACAAUUGAUGGCUGUGUGUUACGCAUCGGAGCUUGGCAGUUUACAGAGAGGAAAAUAUAAUAAUAGUAACAAUAGGAACUCUUGAUUAUACGAUCCAAUCGUCGCUAUUGCAGAUAAGAAAUUUCCGGGUAGUGAUUCCCACAGUUGAUUGAUUAUCGCUACAUCUGGAUCAAACUGAAGUGCAGAACACAAUGGAAAUAGCAAUUUAUUCGCUAAAAUCGGCACGCAAUGCAAUAAAUGGUGGGGCCACAAGGUUGGAAAUUUGUGCGUCUCCAUCCGAAGGCGGACUAACUCCUGCUCCAGGAUUGGUCCACAUAAUAAAAUCGCAAUAUUCAAAAAUUCCUUUGUACUGCAUGAUCCGUGCCAAACCUGGUAGCUUUGUCUAUACGAGAGAAGAAAUGGACGUGAUGAUUUAUGACCUCAAAAUUCUGAGUGAAAGUGGUGCCGACGGAUUCGUCUUCGGAGCGUUGACGGAAAAUUUCGAAAUACAGAAAGAAUUUUGUAGAGAAAUAGUUUCUGCAGCUGCACCCAGAGGUGUGACGUUUCAUAGAGCUUUUGAUCAAGUUGAUAAUCCACUUACGGCCCUAGAAGAUAUAAUAAAUUUAGGAUUUGAAAGACUUCUAACUUCAGCACAGAAGAACACUGCGAUAGAGGGUGUAAAGCUUCUCAAAACACUCGUGGAAAAAGCUGGAGAUCGGAUUAUUAUCAUGCCGGGGGGUGGUGUAACCCGAGAAAAUAUUUCUGAAAUUAUGGAAAUAUCCGGAGCACAUGAAUUCCAUUCAUCUGCAAAACAACGCAUAAAGGUGGAAGGAGUGUUGAACAAAAUAGAGCUCUCUGAGGACGAACAGUUUAUCACUGAAGUGAAUGAGGAUUUUGUUAAACAGAUGAUUGAGAUUAUGAAUUUUUUUUCGAAACCUCAGAAAUGAUUAUUUUUAUAGUUUAAUCAAUGGACGCCAAUUCCAGAGAUGAUAUCGUGUCUCUAAAAGCAAAAAAAGCCAUCUCUAGAGCGUCAUACAUUUUUAUUUCUUAGAGGGUAAAAAAGAAUUUCAUCUAUAACGCAAAGCAGUUACAUUCAUAAUUCCGUAUUCUUCGAUUAUCUUGAUGUAUCACUUUUUCUUUUAUACAAGUAUAUUUACGACUCUUUCCCAGAGUGAAUCUCUAAAAAAUGACGAACUGAGUGAUUGAAAGAGAAACAAUCCUUUGCCUUUUACAAUUAGAGUAAUUGGGCAAAUGUAUCACUUGAAACCGAAAGGUGAACAAGUUUCAGUCAAAAAAAAAUUGUCAAUAUGCCUACAACAAUAUUAUACUGAAUAUUUUCUCAAAUAAAUAGUGUGUAAACAUUUAAAGACUUUAGGAAUUUAGGCAUUGUAUAUAGAUAUACAGCAUAUUUGUUGUGCAUCCUUUGUUUAUCAAGUUGUAUAGAAACCCACGUGCGCAAUCCCAGCUGCCUGUUAUCAUUUCCGUAGCCCUGUAUUUAUAAGUAAUAUGAAUUAGAUUUUCAGUUAUCAGUAAAAUAUUCUACACCCGAUUCUCUAUCGGUCUUCAUUAUGGUAGGUCGUAUUUUGGGAUCUAAUAUGAAGAAAUCCAACCUUGAAAUUUUAAAAAUCACAGAAUUUCCGAUUUGUUUAAUGAUUGUUUGCCAUACCGAAAGGUUAACCAAAUAUUCUUAUGAGAUGUUAAUUAUUAUAAAUAUUGUAAUACUUGUCUUAUUUGUAAGUAUUUGUAGGUCUUUCUCAAAUCGGAAAAGUACACAAGUUGGAGAGGAAACUAAUUGGAUAUUCAGGGAGUUGUUCUCGAGCAACAAAUGACAAUUAUAUAAUUAUUGUUACAGGUAAUAUGAUUGUAACGCCUCAAUGUAACUAGUUCUUCAUUAAGAGAAAAAUCUUUUCUAUCCAAAAAUUUUUAUUAACCAAAUCAUCAGUUAAGGGACCAAAUAAAUGAUAAAAGUCACUCAAUUAUUUAGAUCGAAGGAGUAAUGAAAAUUUGUUGUGGGGAAAUUAAAAAAUGAAUUAAGCACCUAAUAGGUACUUAAGACUCAAAUAAAUGCCAACUCCAAUCUACAUUCAAGAAAAAUAAAAAUUAUUUUGAAGUGAAGUGGUUAAAAA